AUGCUCGUCAUCUCCGUCGGUGUGCUCUUCACAGUGGCGGGGGAGACGGAGUUUCAGCUGCUGGGGUUCAUUCUAGUCAUGGUGGCAGCAUUUGUGUCGGGACUCAGAUGGGUGCUGCUGCAAGUGCUCCUGCAGGGGGACAAACUUGGUCUCACCAACCCGCUGCUCACACUGGCCUAUCUGGCGCCCGUGAUGGCACUUGUGUGCGGCGUCUUCUCCCUGCUCCACGAGCCGUGGUCCGCGCUCACGUCCUCGCCCUACUUUGACACGUGGCAGCACACCCUCCGGAGCCUCGCCAUCAUGCUCGUGGGGGGCAUCCUCGCCUUCUGCAUGAUCAUGGCGGAGUUCGUGCUGGUGCUGGAGACGAGCGCCGUCACCUUCUCUGUGGCCGGCACCGUCAAGGAGGCCGCCACCAUCCUCGUGAGCCACACGGGGGAGGGGGGGAGCAAUGAUGCCAGUGAGAAUGGGGAGAAAGGAAGCAGAGGUCUGCAAGAUGAGUGUUUCAUGCAGUGCUCCAAUGCACAGGUGGUGUCGCAUGCGGUGUUUGGCGACCGAUUCACGCGCAUCAACCUGGUGGGCAUUCUCAUCAUCAUGCUUGGUGUCUCCCUCUUCAACCUCUACAAGGUGUCGCGCAACAAGGCACGUGAGUCUGACGGCCAUCUGGUGCACACGCUCAGCGAUGCACCCCUUCCUGACCACCCGGGCAUGUCCUCCGAGCAACUGCAGCUGCUGCACCACCCGCCCUCGCCCUCCUCCUCCGCCCCCCGAGCAUAUCCUCUCUCUCCCCGCGGCACCCGGGACUCCACGCACGUGCUGCUGGCCACCAGCAUGAGCCCUCGUGCCCACGCCCACACGCGCCUCACCUCCCCCCGCGCCCAGGGUAGCCCAGCGGGCAGUGCAGCAUUUGAAAUGGCUGGCAGCACCUCUGAAUCAAGUGCGGUGACUCGUGCAGGUGACGAUGGCAGUGCUGAUGGCAGGGGAACGGGGCUGACAACCUAUGAUGCCGUUGAGUUGGAAGUAAUCUCCAAAGCGGAGAAGCAAGCGCAAGUGUAG